GACUCCUGUGUCAUCUGAAGGCUGCGAGUUCGACCCUCGCGGUGGGCUAUAUGUUCUAUUUUUUUCUCUUCACUUUUGUUCACCACGCUCAGUGGUUCCUUCUUGACGAUAUCAGAUCCCUAUCAACAGUAUGAUAGUAUAGGUUUGUUUGCUAAACAAGUAGGUUACUAUUUAUCAAGAAAUGACGUUGCUGAAUUCCCAGCUUUCUGAUAACGAUCUUUGCAAAACUCGUCCCUCGGCACUUACAUGGCUAUUGAAGGCCAUUUAUACAGCGGUCAUUAAGAAUCUUAAAGCUCUUCGGUUAUAUACCACAAUCCAUCAGGACGUAUCACAGAUAGGACUGCCAGGCCUUAGAGGAAAGACUGAUCCUGUCAACAAAAUCAUGGUAUGCUUUCGACCGUCCGCAUGGGGACGACUCAAGUCCGAAGAAGUUCAUUCGAAAGAGCAAAAUCGUCUGUGUCUUUCCGCAUGACUCGAUACACGUGAAGGAACGAUCACGAGCAGGUCGUAGACGAUCGGUGACUUCGCAGCCUGAGGAAAAAGGAAGGAUGUAAGUUAUAGUGCCCCCCCCUCAAAAUGGGCAGGGUUUGUAUUGAUGGGGAAAGUGAACAAGUACCUGUACGAACCUCGGGGUCAGCGGCAGCGCUCGUCAGGUCUUUGAUUUUAGCUCUACGUCACAAUAUGAAACACCGAAGUCAGUGUGUUUUAACAGUACAGGAAGAGAAGAGAGAAAUGAUCAUGGGUCGGUUCCUUCAACGUUCCACAGCAGUCGGAAUACAUAAUAGAAUAUUGUGUCUGAAACG